CUUCUGCAGAGCAUCCUGGGCGAGUUCAACCGUGAGCAGGACGCGUUCAUCAAGGGGCAGGACGGGCGCGGCGGCGGCGCCAGCGUCGCGCCCUGGGUUGGCGCUCCCAACGAGCCCGCCCUGAAGGAGGAAUGUCUGUCUCUGUCCACUGAUCGACGGAACUUCGUGCGCGCGCCCCCCGCCGGCGUGGAGUUCGACUUCGACUACGACAAGAUGUACCCGGUGGCCGUCGCCAUCAUGACCGAGGAUCCCAACCUCGAGAAGAUGCGCUUCGAUCUCGUGCCAAAAGUCAUCACGGAGGAGAACUUCUGGCGGAACUACUUCUACCGCCUGUCGCUGAUCUGCCAGGCCAACGAGGCCGACGCCGCCGCCGGCCGCGCGCAGAGCGUUGACGACUCCCAGGAUGAUAAAUCGGCAAGUGACAGCUUGAUAACGAACGAGAAAUCCUCGCAAGAGUCGAUUGACGAUGUCAAGAAGAGAAUUAAGUCCCUCAAGGUGGAUAGGGAGAAUGAUGAUGAGCAAUGGGAGAAGGAACUUGAAGCCGAGCUCAAAGAGUACGAGGUGGUUGCUGACAAAGCGGCCGACGACAAGUGGGAAAAGGAGUGCGAAGACCUGCUUGGGGAAGACGUGGACCUUAAGUAGACGACCGGUGAGACGAGUAGACCGGGUAUACUCGAGUAGACCUAGUGGAACACCAGGUCUACUGUAGCUAUCGGGCAUACCGAUGGUUGAGUAGACCUGGUAGUUCUGGUAGACUUGAGUAGACCUGGUAGGUUCGAGUAGACCUGGUUGACUGGAGUAGAC